AUGGAGGAUCAAAUGGUGGAAAUGAUCCCUGAAAGUUGCGACGAUGUUGUUCCAGAUCACGAUUCCAAGCCUUCUUCAACCUCCGAAACAAUUAAAACCCUAGAAGCUGCGACAUGCGAGUUGAACAGUUAUGUCAGCGACAAAGGUAUUGCUACACAAGAAGUUGAGGGUUCUGAUUUGGUUGAUGAGAGUAGUGAGUCAAAUGGAACUCAAGAAGCUUCGUCAUAUCAGGGACAGACCCUUCCAAUUUUGCAGAAGAUCAUUGAUUUGAGUGCCAAAAUUCAGGAUUUAAAGAAAGACCAUACUGUCUUGUCUGAUCAAGUCAAGCUCACUACACAUUCCUUUCCAGACCCUGAAGUUUUAAACACUAUUCAGCUGCUAAGUAUGGAACAUGAACUUUUAAAGAAGAAGUACCUUGAUGAGUCCUCUGAGCGGAAGCGACUUUACAAUGAAGUAAUCGAGCUUAAAGGAAACAUCAGGGUUUUCUGCAGAUGUAGACCUUUGAAUCCAAAUGAAAUUUCAACUGGAUCUAGUUCCGUUAUUGAAUUUGAAUCCUCCUUAGAUAAUGAGCUCCAGGUCAUUUGCUCUGAUUCCUCAAAAAAGCAGUUCAAGUUUGACCAUGUGUUCAGACCUGAGGACAACCAAGAGGCUGUUUUUGCUCAAACUAAACCCAUUGUGACUUCAGUAUUGGAUGGCUUUAAUGUCUGCAUUUUUGCCUAUGGACAAACUGGGACUGGUAAGACUUUUACAAUGGAGGGAACCCCUGAAAAUAGGGGUGUUAACUACAGGACUCUGGAGGAGUUGUUUCGGAUUUCAAAAGACAGAGGUGGUUUCAUGAGAUAUGAAUUAUGUGUUAGCAUGCUGGAGGUUUAUAAUGAGAAGAUAAGGGACCUCUUGGUCGAUAGCACCAAUCAACCAACAAAGAAGUUGGAAAUAAAGCAAGUUGCAGAGGGAACCAUAGAUGUUCCAGGACUUGUUGAAGCCCGUGUUUAUGGCUUUGAAGAGAUGUGGGAACUUUUGAAGUCUGGAAGCCGAGCUAGAUCUGUUGGAUCUACCAGUGCUAAUGAGCUGAGCAGCCGUUCUCACUGCUUGUUGCGAGUGACUGUUAAGGGGGAGAACUUGAUAAAUGGGCAGAGGACUAGGAGUCAACUUUGGCUAGUAGACUUGGCUGGUAGUGAGCGUGUGGGGAGGAUUGAUGUUGAAGGUGAAAGACUGAAGGAAUCUCAGUUUAUAAACAAAUCUCUCUCAGCCCUGGUGAUGAAUUCGAAGCUGACUCAUAUGCUGCAGAGUUCUCUAGGAGGAGAUUGCAAAACCUUGAUGUUUGUCCAGAUCAGCCCAAGUGCCUCAGAUCUUGGAGAGACACUAUGUUCCUUGAAUUUUGCCAGCCGGGUCCGGGGAAUAGAGAGUGGCCCUGCUCGCAAACAGGCAGACCUCACUGAGCUAUUCAAGUACAAACAAAUGGCAGAAAAGGCUAAGCAAGAUGAGAAGGAAACAAAAAAACUACAGGAUGGCUUACAGUCUUUGCAGUUGAGGCUUGCUGCAAGAGAACACAUCUGCAGAAAUCUACAAGAAAAGGUUCGGGACCUUGAGAACCAAUUGGGAGAGGAAAGGAAGACAAGACUGAAACAGGAGACUAGAGCUUUUGCCGCUGCUUCUCAUCAGUCUUCAGCAUCAUCAUUUCGGAAACAAGCAGCCCAGAAGACUGCUGUAGAGAAGAAGCCACCGUUGGCUCCUUCGAAAUCGAGGCUACCUCUGCGAAGAAUUACCAACUUCAUGCCCCCAGCUUUACCACCCAAAAAACCCAGCUAUACAACUUCUGUUGUCCCAUCUUCAAUGGAUGGCAAAGAAAACAUUUCCACAACAUUGGCAGGAAGAAACCAAAAAAGCCUAAUUUUACCAAGACGAAUCUCCAUUGCUGUCAGACCUCCAACUACAACAACCUCGCAGAUUCUUCAGCCUAAGAGACGGGUUUCCAUUGCUACCUAUCGCCCUGAGCCAAACUCUCACAUGACAACGCCCCUCCAUACUUCUGCCUCUCGAUUUAACAAUGGCAGACAGUCAUUCAUGAGGGAUCCACGAAAGGCACGGUAUUCCAGGCUGUUCUCUCCAAUGCCUGAGUUGACAACAGAAGCUGAGACAACACCAGCUACCAUGAGGAGGAGCAGUAAGUUCAUGGGUAGUCCCCCGGCACAGCUUGGCUCAGCAAAGGAGAGGCAUCCAACAGCUGUUGCAUUACAGCGGAAACCAGUAAUUUGGAGUCCGCUCAAGUUGAGAGGCAUGAAAAAUAACAGAAGGCCAUCACUGUUACUGCCUUCCCGAGUUUCUUAUGAGAUGCAAUGA